CCCCUUAUGAUUUAGCCGCAUGUCGCUCAGUCUGUGAGUGGCACCCGCUCCGCUGCGCCCGCGUUCCCGUCCCGCACAGCUCUCCGAAGCCGAGACGCGCGUCGAAGGCGGGUCAUGAGCCACUGGCUGCAGGGUAGUGGGCUUCCGUCCGCCGGCUUCUGAGCCCGUUACGACCGCAGCGACCACAAGGAGAGCGGACCAGCGACCACCACGACAACGACAACACACACACACAGAGAGAGUGUGUUAGUGAGUCAUUUCCAGCCCUGCCGCGCGUCGAGAGCAGCAGACGAGUCAAUGGCAGGCGCACAGCCGGGAGUCCACGCGCUGCAGCUCAAGCCCGUGUCCGUGCCCGAGAGCCUGAGAAGGGGCAACAAAUUCAUGAAAUGGGAUGAUGAUUCUACGGCUGUGACCCCGGUGACGCUAACGGUCGACCCCAAGGGCUACUUCCUGUACUGGACCGACCAGAACAAGGUGAGACUCACUAACUCAACUCGUCAAGCUCACCUGAGACUCACCUUACACUCAGGGGUCCCUCGAGGAGGCAGAAAGAUGGUGUCGGUGACCUUCGGUUCUCUCGGUGUCGUCUGUGUUCAGGAGGCCAAGCUGCGCGAGCUGCUGGACGUCAGCACGCUGGCGGGGAAGAUGGAGAACAGGAUGCUGACGGUGGUGAGCGGCCCCGACAUGGUCAACAUCACCUACCUGAACUUCAUGGCCUUCCAGGAGGAGACGGCGAAGGAAUGGGCGGAGGAGCUGUUCAACCUGGCAUCCAACCUCCUGGUACAGAACAUGUCCCGAGAGGACUGCCUGGAGAAAGCAUACACCCGUCUGAAGCUGCAGCUCAACCCCGAGGGGCGAAUCCCCGUCAAGAACAUCUUCAGGAUGUUCUCGGCAGACAGGAAGCGAGUGGAGACGGCCCUGGAAAACUGCAACCUCCCUUCUGUCAGAAACGACUCCAUCCCCCUGGAGGACUUCACUCCGGAGGUCUACAACUCAUUCCUGGGCCACAUCUGUCCCCGGUCGGAGCUGGACCACAUCUUCGCCGAUGUCGGGGCCAAGAGCCGCCCGUUCCUCAGCGUGGAGCAGAUGACGGAGUUCAUCAACAACAAGCAGCGAGACCCCCGCCUCAACGAGAUACUCUACCCGCCUCUGAAACCGGAACAGGUCCAGGUGCUGGUGGACAAAUACGAAGCCAACGCUUCGCUGGCGCAGAAAGGUCAGAUGUCGCUGGAAGGCUUCGCCAGGUACCUGAACGGGGAGGAGAACAGCAUCAUGCCCCCCGAGAAGCUGGACCAGAGCGAAGACAUGACCCUCCCCCUCUCCAACUACUUCAUCAACUCCUCACACAACACAUACCUCACAGCCGGGCAGCUCGCGGGGAACUCCUCGGUGGAGAUGUACAAGCAGGUCCUCCUCUCCGGGUGCCGCUGCAUCGAGCUGGACUGCUGGAAGGGCCGCACCACAGAAGAAGAGCCGGUCAUCACUCACGGCUUCACCAUGACGACGGAAAUCUCCUUCAAGGAGGUGAUCGAGGCGAUAGCGGAGUGCGCCUUCAAGACCUCGCCCUUCCCCAUCAUCCUUUCCUUCGAGAACCACGUGGACUCGCCAAAGCAGCAGGCGAAGAUGGCAGAGUACUGCCGCUCGAUAUUCGGAGACGCGCUGCUGACGGACCCUCUGGAGAAAUAUCCUCUGGAGUCCGGCGUGCCUCUGCCGAGCCCGAUGGAGCUGAUGGGGAAGAUCCUGGUGAAGAACAAGAAGAAACACCACAAGACGGACGGCAGCACCAAGAAGAAGCUGUCGGAGCAGGUGUCCAACACCUACAGCGACUCCUCCAGCGUGUGCGAGCCCUCCUCCCCCAGCGCAGGUUCAACCAAAGAGGAGAUAACAGAUCCCUCGCAGGCUUCGGAGGGGGCCGAGCUCAGCCUGAGGCCGCAGGGCAGGAAGUCCAUCGGUGAGGUGGAGGCGGAAAGCGAGGACGACGACGACGACGACGACGACUGUAAGAAGGGCUCAAUGGAUGAGGGAACAGCUGGCAGCGAGGCGUUUGCCACUGAGGAAAUGUCCAACCUGGUCAUCUACAUCCAGCCGGUCAAGUUCAACAGCUUCGAGGCCUCCAAAAAGAUCAAUCGCAGCUUCCAGAUGUCGUCCUUCGUGGAGACCAAAGCUCUGGAGCAGCUGACCAAAUGUCCUGUGGAGUUUGUGGAGUACAACAAACUGCAGCUGAGCCGGAUCUACCCGAAGGGCACCCGAGUGGAUUCGUCCAACUACAACCCUCAACUCUUCUGGAACGCCGGCUGUCAGCUGGUGGCUCUCAACUUCCAGACCAUCGACCUGUCCAUGCAGCUGAACCUGGGCAUGUACGAGUACAACGGGAAAUGCGGCUUCAGGCUCAAACCGGAGUUCAUGCGGCGGCCGGACAAACACUUCGACCCGUUCACCGAGAGCACCGUGGACGGGAUAGUGGCCAACACACUCUCCGUGAAGAUCAUCUCAGGCCAGUUCCUGUCGGAUAAGAAAGUGGGCACGUAUGUGGAGAUCGACAUGUUCGGCCUGCCGGUGGACACCAAGAGGAAGGCGUUCAAGACCAAGACGUCUCAGGGCAACGCCAUCAACCCCGUCUGGGAGGAAGAGGCCAUCGUCUUCAAGAAGGUGGUCCUGCCCACUCUCGCUUCGUUGAGGAUAGCCGUGUUCGAAGAAGGGGGGAAGUUCAUCGGCCACCGCAUCAUUCCCGUGUCGGCCAUCCGUCCAGGGUACCACUACAUCAGUCUGAGGAACGAGAAAAACCAGGCUCUGACUCUGCCCACUCUGUUCGUGUAUUUGGAGGUGAAGGACUACGUGCCCGACACGUUUGCAGACGUCAUUGAAGCCUUAUCCAAUCCCAUCCGCUACGUCAACCUGAUGGAGCAGAGAGCCAAUCAGCUGGCUGCCCUCACCCUGGAGGAGGGAGGAGAGGAGGAGGGCGACAAAGAGGUGGAGGCGGGAAGCGAUGCCCCCUCCGAAUCCAAGGUGGACCCCAGGGCGACGCUGCCCGCCGAGAACGGACUGAGCCACGCGCCCGUCAUCGCCCCCAAACCCCCCUCGCUGGUCGGCCACCAGCCGCAGUCUGCAGGCUCCUUGAAACCGUCCGUGAAGACCGAAGACCUCAUUCAGAGCGUCCUCACAGAACUCGAGGCUCAGACGGCGGAGGAGCUGAAGCAGCAGAAGGGCUUCGUCCGGGAGCAGAGGAAGCAGUACAAGGAGAUGAAGGAGCUGGUCCGGAAGCACCACCGCAAGACCAGCGAGCUGAUCAAGGAGCACACGGCCCGCGUGUCCGAGCUCCAGAGCCAGCACCAGCGGGGGCGCUCUGCCCUGCAGAAGAGCCACAAACGAGACGGUAAGAAAAGCCGGUCGGAGCAGUCUCUGUCCAGCCUGGACCGGGAGCUGAGCGAGAUGGACCAGGAGUACAGCCACAGGCUGGCCGAGCUGAAGGAGCAGCAGCAGCAGCAGCUCCUCACGCUGCGCCAGGAGCAGUACUACAGCGAGAAGUACCAGAAACGAGAACACAUCAAGCAGCUGGUGGAGAAGCUGACCACCAUCGCAGAAGAGUGCCAGAGCGCUCAGCUCAAGAAGCUCAGGGACGUCUGUGAGAAGGAAAAGAAGGACAUCAAGAAGAAAAUGGAGAAGAAAAGGCAGGAGAAGAUCAACGAAGCCAAAUCGAAAGACAAGAACGUGACCGAGGAAGAGAAAUUGGAGAUCAACAGAUCAUUCGUUAACGAGGUGGUCCAGUACAUCAAACGGUUGGAAGACGCCCAGAGCAAAAGACAGGAGAGACUACUGGAGAAACAAAAGGACAUCCGCCAGCAAAUCCUGGACGAGAGGCCGAAGCUGCAGAGCGACCUGGACCAGGAGUACCAGGACAAAUUCCGCCGGCUACCCGUGGAGAUCCAGGAGUUCGUCCAGGACAACAGCGGCAAGGCCAAGCACAGCCUCGCCCCCGCCGCCGCCCCCGCCCCCCCCUCCUCGGCGCCGGAGAGGCUGAACCACAAGGCGGCGCCCUCGGAGGACGACCCGGAGGACGGCUCGUCGGUGCGGGUGUACGACACAUCCCUCUAGAGGUCCGACACCGGGACACUGAUUGGUUGGGUGUGUUUGUGGCCACAGCUCUUGGAUGAAACUGCCCCCCCCCCCUCCCCCCAUUCACCCCUCCUCUCCAACCCCCCCCACUCGACCACAGUCCUAAUUUUAACCAAUGGGAGGAUUAGAUCUAAUCUGAGCCUGAGCUGGUGAGUAGAGGUCCGGAGAAGUCGUUUCAUGUAAAUAAGAACUUUUUUUUGGUGUAUUUAUAGGUUACCUUUUGCGUUGUUGUUUCUUUCGGUACGGCCACAGGAUGCGUUUCAAAGCACUAACUAUUUGCAGGAAAUAACUUACUUGAACUAUUGCACAGAGGGAGUAGUUUCUUUUUUAAAAUUAUUUUUUAACUAACCCGAUUAACGACAGUGACAGUGUGUGGGGCCGAGGCUUUGAAUUUACUGACAUGCAAAGCUUACGUGCAUAAGUGGAGUCGGCCUUUAAAGCCUUUGGAUCCACCCUCACUUCUUUGCCCCCCCCCCCCCCCCAGCGUAACUCUCUUACUUUGACCCAGAGCCACUGGUGGCUCGCUGGUUCCCAUUUUGUUCUCACAGAACUGAAGCUUAUGUGUUGCUGCUAUUCUCCUUUUAAACUCCAUCACUUGUUUUUAACUAAAUGAUUUGGUUUUAAUGAUGUUUGGCAUUAUUUUAAUUUGGCUAGUUUUUAACGAGUUUAGUUUGGGGGGUGAUUCUGCCCCGACGGGAGGUGGGGAGAAAGGGUGUUGUACAGUAUUUGCAUGUAUUUGACCAACUGUAAACGUUACAGUAGUUCUGUAGCAGAAUUGUGAACUAAAUGUACAUCGAUUUUCUCUGAAACAUUUCAAACUAAACCUGCAAAAGAGUGUGUACAGAGUGUGAGCCGGUCAGGAAUAAAAAACAAGUUUCAGCAACCCCCCCACACCCCCCAGCCACCCUUUCCCACCCCUCCUCGCAGAACUAACCAACGCGUCCUCGCAGAAACAACGAGAACCAAACGGCGUGUCUCUCGAACGCCGCUCUCCUGGGUCAAAGCGUUUGAUGCAUGCGGGUGGACCAACACGCACCAGGGUGGUGACAAAGGGCCUUGGGCCUCGGGGGGGGGGGACAGGCCGCAUUGUUGCAUUCCGUACCCUCUGUCCCCGCAAACUAAAACAACCAAACGUGGGACAUUGAAGAGGUUCCCGCUGUGGUUUCGUGUUUUUUUUAACUGGUUCGUUGUGUCCCUUCGGGGGGGAGCGUGUGUUUGGUUCCUCCGGUACACAGAGCAGAUGCCUGGAAGGACGGCGGGGGGGUCGGGGG